AUGCGUCUCUCAUGGGAAGCCGUCACCCGUAGUCGGGAUCUCUUGAUAAAGGAGGGGAUGCCAGUGUGGGACACAACCCCGUUCUUCGACCUUCCCGGCGAGGAGACGAGUGCGCCAGCUCAGCCAACUUCACGCGUGGGGCCACACUUGCUGUUGCGCCAGAUCCUCCUCGUGGACGGCCACGUUUACGAGGACACCGACUACAUACAUAGCGCUAUGGAGGGGGCAAGCUAUAAGCUCGAGCGCCCUGGCUUGAGAAAGCCUUUACAGCUAGAUGAGUCCGGACUCGAGGAACAGCUCGCGGAGGUCCUGCCCCAAGAAGAUUAA